ACGGCAGUCAUGUCGCUGAAUAAGUCUCUAGUUUUGGCCCUUUUGGGUCUUCUGUUCGUGGUUGCCGGUGGACAAGCGGAACGUGCUCGCUAUGAUAAUUACCGUGCCUACAAGGUGAAUACCGACAAUGCCCAGCAAUUGGCUGUACUCAAGGAUUUGGAGAGUUCCAGUGAUUCUAUAAUUUUCCUUGAUGGUGUUCACAUUGUUGGAGCCGAUGUCCAAAUAGUUGUGGCCCCCCACAAGGUGCCCGAUCUAUUGGACAUUUUGGGAAAAUCAGAAAUCAAAUAUGAACUGGUGACCAAGGAUUUGCAGACAUAUCUGGAUGAGACUGACGAGAAGGUGGCCAUUAAGGGACGUGCCGUUAGCGACUACAACUGGGCUCAGUACUACGAAUUGGAUGAUACCUACACCUGGUUGCAAUAUCUGGCUGCCAAUAAUCCCGGAGUGGUUACCCUAAUUGAGGGUGGCAAAUCCUAUCAGGGACGUUCGAUUUUGGGUGUGCAGAUUGCCAAGGGUGGCAGCAACAAGCCAGGUAUUUUCCUAGAGGCUGGCAUACAUGCGCGUGAAUGGAUUGCCCCAGCUGCAGCCACCUAUAUCAUCAAUCAACUUUUGACCUCCACCGAUGCCAACGUUAAGGCAUUGGCUGAGAACUAUGUCUGGUAUAUUAUGCCUCAUGCCAAUCCCGAUGGUUAUGUUUACACCCAUACCACUGAUCGUUUGUGGCGUAAGACUCGUACACCCUAUGGUAGCUGUUAUGGUGCCGAUCCCAACCGUAACUGGGCCUUCCAUUGGAAUGAAGUGGGUGCCAGUAGCAAUGCUUGCUCCGAUACCUAUGCUGGUCCAUCGGCCUUCUCGGAAAUCGAAACAUUGUCGCUAUCUAAGUACAUUGCCUCGCUCAAGGGCAAAAUUCAAUUGUACAUCUCCCUACACGCCUACUCCCAGUACUUGUUGUAUCCCUAUGGACACACCUCCGAUUUGCCCGACAAUGUGGCCGAUUUCCAGAAGGUAUUCGAUGCCUCAAUUGCUGCUGUUAACAAACGCUAUGGCACCAAGUACACUGGUGGAAAUAUCUAUGAUGCUAUCUAUCCAGCUGCUGGAGCUAGUGUCGAUUGGGCUUAUGGUGAACAGGAUGUGCGCAUGUCCUUCUGCUAUGAAUUGCGUCCAUCUUCCAAUUCUAUUCUAACUGGUUUCAGGCUGCCAGCUGAACAAAUUAUUCCUGCCAGCGAAGAGCUCUUGGAUUCUAUCAUUGCCAUGGCCGGUGAGGUCAAGACUUUGGGAUAUUUCGAUUAAAUUAAAAUCAAUCAAUACUUACAUUUUGAUGGCAUAA